ACAACAUCGCCGCGAGUAAUCGAGAGCGUGGACGCCGCGCGGACGACAACGCGUCCGACUGUCCCGCGAUCAUGGUCAGUACAACAGACUUUGCAUGCGUGUCCAUCGACGGCAAGACGGCGUUGGUCUACGCGUCGGUGACGAAGGAAGGCAAGGACGACGUGCAAUGCAUGGUCGAGUCCAAAAACUCGACCGACUGCUUCUUCCCGCAAGACAUGGCUGCCUGCGACGCAUACAGGAAACAGCAACCGACACUGGCGAUCCGCUGCAUAACGAGCACUCCCUUUUGCGCCAAGGUCCCGGCUGCUCUCAAGAACACUCCUGUCCCCACCCCAACCCCGAGCGAUGCCACGUGUAGUCGCAACGGGACCAAGUGGGCAUGCCUCACCGACCCUGACUCGAAAGUCGUCGUGCUUGUCGGUGUCGUGAACGGAACGUUCAACUGCAUCUCGGACCCGGCUCGAGUCAUCUGCAACAUCUACACGUCGUACGAAACGUGCUCGACACUAUGCCCGUCCAUCGUCGCGGGGGAUUCCGUUGGCACCAAGGCAUGCGAAAGCAGCUCCACCGGCAUCGUGUCAUGCAUCCCCGCCGCCCCAUCCACAACGUCCGCACGAUCGUCUGGAUCAUCGGCGUCGAACGCACCAUCAACAACCACGUCAUCGGAAGAGUCUGUGUCGCCCGUGACGGUGACGCUCCUCGUUGUCGUCGUGGGUCUCUUAAUCUGUAGCAUGUUUUUGCUCUGCCGGAAGCGGCGGCCGUCGACGCGAUUUUCAACCGAAUCAAACACGAGCGUAGUGUGGCUCGAUUUGAAAUCCACAGACGGCUCCAACACUGGCACGUCGGUCGGGACCGACUUUGUCGGGACCAAGCUCGACAUGGGCGACUUGAAUCUGUGGCGCCUCGACGAAACCAAGCUUGUCCAUAUGGAGGUGCUUGCGACGGGCGCGCACGGGGUCGUGAGUCUGGCCAAGUACAAGAAUCAACGGGUCGCCGUCAAGAAACAGCUCGUCGCGGAACGGACGGCCGAGAACGUUCAGUUGUUUAUCGACGAAGUCAAGCUCAUGGCGAGGUUGGACUCGCCGUUUAUUGUGCAGUUCAUCGGGGUCAGCUGGCUCCGACCGCGCGAGAUCGAACUCGUCGUCGAGUACAUGGACUUUGGCGACUUGCGCCAACACCUCGAAACCACAACGAUCGAGUCGUUCGACUGGAACGACAAGCUCCAAAUUGCGACCGACGUUGUCGACGGAUUGCUGUACCUGCACUCGAUGGGCAUUAUUCACCGUGACCUCAAAGCCAGAAACGUGCUCCUCAACCACAAAUUGCGAGCGAAAUUGACCGAUUUCGGCAUUGCCCGCGAAUGCACCGACGAAACCAUGACGCAGGGCGUCGGUACGUGCCGGUGGACCGCGCCAGAAGUGCUUGAGAGCGGGCACUACACCGUGGCGGCCGACGUGUACUCGUUUGGGAUGGUGCUGGUCGAACUCGACUCGCACAAAGUGCCGUACAUGCACAUGGGGGAAGUGUCGAAUUUUGUCUUGAUGGAGCGGCUGCGGGACGGGAAUGCAUCCCCCGACAUCCUCCCGACAUGCCCGCCUCCUGUUGCCGACCUCAUUCGGCGAUGCGCGGCGUGCCAUCCGUCGGAGCGGCCGUCGGCCAUCGAAAUCUCGACAAUCCUUCGGUCCGUGCGCCGCCAACGAGAAGGACGCCUGUAGUCGUGUUAUUGUAGUCAUUGUAUUGCACCCAAACGUCCAUCGCGGUCCAGCAUGCCCAGAUUCGUUCGAGAAACACGCGUGCCACCACUGUGAUGGGGAACGGACCUGUUGGCUCCGUUCCGCCAUGCAUGUGGGCACGGCUGACGCCGUGCUGCGCGGGCAGAGUAUACUUUCCACUCUAGCGUAGUACGCUGGCUCGGCACCAUCGUCCUCGUCCAGCCUCUUUGCAUGAGACAAGUCCAGCAGUGGAUGUGUUGGAUUUACAGUGCGCUUGUUGUUCUUGGCCAGUGAAUCGCGUGUUCCGGCCGAUCGCUGAUUCAUGUCGCUGUACGUGAUGCACCCACGGAGGAGGAUGGGGUCGGGCAGGUACUACUACGGCUGCCAGGCCGUGGCGUCGUC